AUGGACGUGGAAUCACCUGGGCCCCCACCCUUACCUUCCACGUCGUCUGUGGCCGCUCCAAGGAAGCGCUCCGGCCACCCGAGCGACGCCGACAGUGAGGACACGCUGAUAUACUCUACAGCCAGCGACGAGAGCUCGGAUGAAAGCGACUUCGUGCCCACUUGCUAUGACGAGGACUUCCUGCUGGGAAAUGCAGCGUCGCAGGCUAAUAGUGGAUCGUCAUCAUCAUCAUCGUUUGCAUCGGGCAAGGCGCGCUUGGUGAAAGGCCGCGAGGUUCGCGCCCUCGACCUGCUGGCCUCGCACGUGUGCCUGUCAGCGCUGCUGUUCCUGAACCUGAGUCAGCUGCGGUUGCACACGCUCGACUGGCGCCUGGUGGGCGCGGUGCUACUCGGGAAAACAGCCCUGUUCGCCAUCGUCGCAGCCGCAAGCGUGGCACUCUCCUCUUUCUCGCGGCGUCGCGGAAGAGGCCGGCUUGGCACCGCGGGCCUGCACGCCAUCUUCGUGACUCAAGUGAACGACUUCGGUAUCGCAUAUCCGCUAGUUGAGUCGGUUUACGGCCGGAGUCAUACAGACUUCGCCGGCUACCUGUACCUGAUAGCACCGCUCUCCCUGGUGCUGCUCAACCCGAUCGGAUUCUUCAUGGCCGAGCUACAAGGCCUUCGAUCGCAGCAGCGCUACACCGAAGCCGCUGUCGACGCAACGCCGCAGAAGCCGUCGGUGGCCAGAGGCCUGUUCAAAGCAGCGGCCUGGGCGGUCUUAAGAGAGGUGUUGUCUCAUCCACACGUCCUGUUCUCCCUGCUCGCCAUCGCUGUCAAUGUCGGCCGUUGCGGAACCGAGCUUCCGGCACCGCUGGCAGCCAUCCUCAGGCUUCUGGGAGAUGCGUUCGCGGCACCCAUACUGUUUCUGCUGGGCUACCACAUCGAGAAUGCUUUCCGGGAGCCCGACGUCAGGCAGCAUCUAUUUCCUGCGUUGAUCCUCAGCGCAGUGAAAUCGUUCGUUCUACCGAUGUUCCUCAAGUUGUCCGUGGAGCUCGUGCUUUACUGGGCCGGAGAGCAGUCCGGUGUCAAGGACCGGGCCAAUUUCGCUUUCCUGUACGGCACCGCCCCGACGGCUCCCAUUGUGAUCCUGUACGCCUCUCAGAGAGCCCUGCCGACGGCCACGCUGGCCACUGGAGUUGGCGUGUGCACCUUGCUCUCGUUACCGGUGAUGUACGCCUCGGGCGCCGUUAUCAGCGACGAAGGACUGACGCCUGCUCCGGCGGUCUCGCCGCAUUUGCAAAUGAGAACAGUCCUGGCGUCCGUCAGCGGACUCAGCUUCCUGGCGUCCGUGCUCGUCAUCGGACUGUUUAUCUUGACGGGAAGAACUAAGAGUCUGAUCUGCAAUGUGCUCCUGUGUCUGCUCAUCUGCGAGCUCUUCAAGGGCGCAGGUGUGCUGUUGUGGCUGCUUCAAAGUCCGCACAGCCUGUUGAGUCACGUGGCUGUAUUCUUGGUGACGUGCAGCCAGUACGCGUCGAGAGCGUGGACCGCAAGCAUGGCUCUCUGCGUGUUCCUGCUCAAACACUACAAUGCUCCAGAACUGUCGACGCACGCCCGGAUUAUGUUCUUCGCGGCGUACGGAGUUCCGGUCAUCCUGACAGCGACGGUAAUGAUCGUCGGUCGCCUGGUGUGCGGACAUCGAGGCAAUGUCGACAUGGAAGUUCCUUUGUUUUUCAACGGCGAAUGCGAGGCCGUCGCAUCUGUCGUGCUGCUAAGUGUGUGCGCCGGACUGAUAGCACUCUGCCUGUUGCAACACGCUUACGAGCGAGCGCUGAAGUCGUCGACGUUCUUUGAAUGCUGCUGCUGCUGCCGUUCGAAAAGGGGCUUCGAGGCCGAACUUGAAUACCAGCGUUAUGAAAAGGCGCCGCCUGCCCACAAGUCUGACGCAAUACGCGACACAAAACGCUUACUAGAAACUACAGCGCGAGUUCGCUUCAACUUGUCGCCUUCAGGACAAGUGUCUUGGCCCGGAAGUGACGACAGUGCCUCAAUAAAGACUUACGAGCCUGAGGACGACGUGCGGGGCAUCACGCUCUUGAUAGGAGCGCUGUUCAUUUCUAUACUGAUCGGAAUAUUUGUCAGCUACGGGAGGCUAUUUCUUGGAAUUCCGUACGGCGUUUUCAGGGCUCUUCAACUAGUGGAUGCAACACUAAGUUUCGGACAGGGGAUGCUUGUCUUUCUGGCGUGCGGACUGGAAGGAAAGCUGCUUAGUGAGGCGAAAGCACGAGCCCUGCUGUUGCUGCGAGUGGCAGGUAAACCGAGGCGCCCCAAGCAGCGGACCGUCCUGUCGGUCGGAUUACUGAACGCAAACGAAAUAGUCUGCCGCCAGUUCAACGUCUACCAUCGCCGAGCCUUCGAGGAAUUCUUGGACGAGACUGAAGUAGGCUUUCCAGUGUCUCCGGUUCGAUCCGGCUUCCACGGACAUCGGCUUGUGGAUUGGCUGCUGGAUGCGGGCCUGGUCAAGAGCCGCGACGAAGGCGUUGUCUACGGAAGACGCCUGCUCGACGGAGGCCUGUUAGUGCACGGGGAGCGUGCUAUGCACUUCUACGACGGGCCGUACGACUACCUCUUCGUGUGUUAAGGCGUCAUCACCUUUGCAAGGUGGCAAAAAAAGAGUGCUGUUGCAAGACCACGAAUUGUUUUACUAACUCUCUCAGAACUGCCUUAGUACGGCCGUGUAAGGCUCUGAAAGGGGCUACGAGAAACGCUGUCGGUAGGGAGACGGACUUCUUCGCCGGAUCUGUGGCGGAGGAUGGCCCUGCAGUAACUCUCCCUUGCCAGCUUUGGCGACAAAUAAAAUGUUCAGCGUCGUUAGUAUCGUCAUAAUAAUCUACGCCUUACCUCCCUGAACUAUAACCGUUAUAAACAUCACACCAUCACCAUCCUCAAAAUAUUUUCAGCAAAACUUCUUCUUGUAAGAGAUAGAUGCUUCAUGUUUAUUCU